AUGAUCGGUUCGGCCCAUCCAGAAAGCAUCACAAACAUUUUGAGUGCGCCGACUUCUCUCAGUGGUUCUGCCGACAACGAGAAGGUGAGGAAAAGAAAGUAAUGUACAUUCCUUCAAUUAGUAUGCAUAUGUCUUUAGAUAGUUAAAGUCAUGACGUCACCGUUUCCCAAACCAGAAGCGAUCACCCAAAUAUCCACUUCAUCAGACGUCAGCGGUCCGUCAACUACAACUACACCCGCGAAUACAACACCUCUAAAUCUAUCCCAAUCACCAGGUAAGUAAAUGUAGGCUCCAAAGUGAUAGCACUGGUUCGAAUAACAUGUUUUGUUGCAGUCAACAAGGUCCCCUCGGGCAACACACAUUUGGCGGCGUUGAUGCGACAAUAUGAUAUUAUCGCACAGAACAACAAGUUGAAACCAACAGAAAUCAGUGGGAACGACGGAGAGUCGUCAAAGUCAUCGAAGAAGAACCAGCAAUCAGUUUCUGGUCCCACUGUCAAAAGUGAUAUGGUCGUUCUGAACAAAGUUUCUCCGAUCCUGCCGAUUCAGCAGAUUCUGCCAGUUCAAUGUCAGAAUUUUCCUCCUCCACUUGGUGAAAAAUGAGUUUUUGAAGAAUUUUGACAUAAAGAUGCAUGUUGUAGUUCGGAACAACGAUGCGCCAGUGCCAUUAUUCAACUUUGCGUCUCCGAUUCCCGGAUAUGGAUGGCCAAUGUUGCCAUUUUGUGAGUUAUUCACAAAUCCCCAUGAGUAUUCCCCAAUGACCCCUUUUCAGCUAACCCCUUCGUGCCGGGAUUUCUGCAAUGUUUCCCGUUCCCGCCUCAACUUUCACUGCUUCAAAAUCAGUUCACUUUUCAACCGAGUCUACCUCAAUCGUCCCAACAAAACGGAAAUGCGAACAAGAAACGAAAGGCGACUACGGUCGCUACUUCACCAAAAUCACAAAUCAAGCGAGCCAAGGAAAUAGGUAAUGAGGCCGUCUAG